GCUUUUGCCAUCAUCAAAUAGUCUUUCAAUUCUACAAAUAAAGAUUUAGUCCAACAAACUAAGCAACUAGAUAAAGUAUCAAUAAUUAAUCCUUCCUCCUCAUUACUUUAUUCAGCUACAUGAUUAAUUAAUUCAAAAAUUCCAAAAUUUUACACUAUUUAUCUUGUCUCCAUUUUACCAAGCCCCACCAUUUCUUCUCUUCUUUCUAUAGUUUCUUGGUUUUCUACUUUUUCUUCAUCUUUUAACUACAACCAUGUCUUCUAUUUUAACUUCUCAAGGUAUGGUAUUAGCCACAGCCAUGGCAGUUUCUGGGACCAUGAUCUUUUUAGCUGCUCUUAAACUUCAAAAAUCUACAGAUCAAUUUUCUUUCAACCCAAUUCUCCAUCAUCCUCGAUCUUGCAUCUCCACAGAUGGGAAGAAGAAGGAGAAAAAGAAGAAGAGAGUGAAAUUUGCAGAAGAUGUGGUGGAGCCAAGUGGGAAUAGUGAAGAAUACAGAAAACUUCAUUGUAAUAAUAAUUUUAGCCAUGAAAAUGGAUAUGAAGCUGCUUCUUCAUCUUCUUCUAAUUCGGAUUCAAAUGCAUUAAAGAAGAGUGGGAAAGUGCAAGAAAUGCCAGCAAAUAGAGUGGCCCUCUACAAUUCUAUGCUCAAGGGUCGGGUCAUCAAUCGGGUUACUUAUUCCUAUUGAUCGGGUCGGGUUUUCCAAUUACCCAAUUCUAACCCUCUAAGUUAUGUACAAAAUAGAACUUCGAGUCACAAUGAAAGAAAAAUGGAAAAAAAUUAUUUAUCUUUCGAUGAAGUGGGGAGGAGGUACAUGUGCUCAUGUGUGAGAGUAGUUUUAAUUAGGAUUUUUUUUUUUAGUAUUUGUGUAAUUUUGAUGUUUAUUUUGGGGGGAAUUUGCCAAAAGGAAGACAGUUUUUACAUGUAUUUGAUUUGUAUAGGAGGUAGUUUUUGAAUACAUGAUGUGAAUUAUGACCAGACUAAGUCAAACUAAGUGGAUUGAUUCAUUGUAUAUUGAAUUUGCUUCAAAUGGAAACGAUUUUUUUUUUUGA